AUCCACAACCUGCAGAUCAGUUCACCUAUCUACCUAAGGUAGGUAGGGCAUACGAACCCCAAACAGCAAACCGCAUUAACAGUGCGGUAUCUAUGCCCGCAGACGCGCUCCAACGCAUGACUGACGAACAGUUCAACACACCCGCCCGGAUUCAAAAAUGCAUUAGACUAUGGCGUGUGGCCCCGACGCCGCCCGCACGUCGUCACCAUCACCGUCGCUGUCGCCGUGGGAUUCACCUCUCUUACGCCUCACUCCUGACAUUCGGCUGCGCCUCUACCGCUAUCUGGACUUGGUGUCGUGGGACGGAUCGCCCUAUCGAUUCGACUUGCGCGGAGGGCGAGUCGACUAUCUGCCCUUGGGGGGGGUUCCCUCCCUCGCCCUGUUUCCAUGGCCUACUGCUCUCUUGCCGUACCAUCUACGCCGAAGCGGCUCCCUUGCUUUACGCCGCAAAUUCCUUCGUCGUUCACUAUUCCCUCGGCAAGUCGCCCGGUUUGCAGCCCCUGCGCGCACUCACUGCCGUGGCGGUCCGGUCGCUCUCCAACCUCAAGAUUGUCGUUAAUGAGGCCGCUUGCCACAGGAGAAUGAUUUUAGAGUACAAGAACGUUUGUUGCCGCCACGGCCACGACGAAGAUGCCACGUCGGGAUUGCAUUGGUGCCAGAGGAGGCAUUGCGGUCUCCACCAGGUUCUCCUGCUGAGUCCGGUUUUGGCGGGCAACGACGGCGAUGGCGAUGGCCCUGGCGAUAGCGGUGAUGAGCUGGCUGCAGCGUACGAUGCAGAACGUGAGUGGCACUCUGCUGCCGCUCACAUAUUCCCACAGACUGUCCCCAGUCGCCUCUCCCUGUCACUUGUUUGUGACAUAGACCCCCAGCACCCUCUAGCCGUCGACUUGGCCGGUGCCAUUUUAGCACCCCUUGCAUCAGCACAGCUUAGGGAAUGCCGGGUACGGCUAGCGGUAGUACCCAACCGGCAGUUCGACGAACUUGCCCGAGAUGCUGCCUUGCACACGUGCACCCGUGGGCUGGCUACCUUAACCUCUACGCAGUCCUCGAAGCCGCCGCCUGGCGCGGAGGCCACCACCCUGGCGACCCUCCCACGCGAGCUCCGGAUCCGAAUCCUAGAAUACACCGACCUUGUCACGCCGAGAAGACAGGUGACGUGGAGCCGCGAGGACCGCGGGUACGUGGUGCGCCGCAUCCAGCUCGACAGGGACCCUACUCCCGACGAGCUCUACAGUGAGCAGUUUCUCAGCUGCUGGGAGAACGAACCCGAUGGUUGUUUUUGCCGCCGCCGCCACGCCGCAUUUUCGCUUGGCUGCAAGUGCUGGAUUCCACCCGCGCCCCUGUUUCUCUUGUGCCAUGCCCUGUCCCAAGACGCCCAGUACGUCUUCUUUUCGAGUAACCGUUUUAUCAUCCACGACUAUAAAGCCGAUAGAACCUGGCAACAGUCCAUCCCAGUCUCAAUGACGCCACGGGACGUAUCGCUAAGCAACUCCUACCCGGAUCAGCGAUUCAUCGUCUCGGAAUUUCUGCGCGAGGUCGUGCCCGAGCCCGCCCUCGCCCAUAUCCGCUAUCUAGAGCUAGUCUUUCCUCCUUACCCGGCUCAAACCUGGCCCCGGACCGACGACCCAGCGAUGCGGGACUGGCGGUCCUUGGUCGAGUGGCUCCAAAACAAGAUGAACCUACCACGGCUCACCCUCAAACUGGUCGUCGUGGACGGCAGCAACGGAGGCCCAAAAGCCGCCCCUGAGAUUACCACCGAGGAAGGAGACGCACUCAUGAAGGCGUAUAAGGAUCUACUGCAGCCCAUCCCGCGGCUGGCCGAGCUUGGUCUCGCCCAGUUUUAUGCCCACUUCCCGUACCCUUGGGAGGGGACCCCGGAGUGCAGGGUCCGUCAAAAAGAGAGACGGAGUUGGGUCUGGCCUGAGAAGAAGGCCCUCAAGUGCCGUCUUGAACGCUAUGUCAUGCGCGGCCGGUACGAGAGCCAGUAUGCGGAUGGCAAGAAGGAGCCGGUGGCCAGCGACUGGGAUAUGAUGUACUUGCGUCCCUUCCCUUGGUACUGAACGUUAGGUUACUACGCCGCAUACCGGUACCCCUAAUUGAUCAAUGUAAGUGCCCUGCCCUGGAAUGUCGGGGAGAUACCGCAUAUCUGGCCUGUCGUUGCCGAGACUUCCUAGACUGAACCUCAAACCUGCAAAUCUAUGACUGAGUAAAGUCUUGGGCAGCGCCUCGGGAAACAAGGUGACAUUUCCAGUCCAACUUUGAUGCUACGGGAACCGGACGGGUGCGUGCAGAGGUCCGUCCGUUGUGUUGCACCGCGUUUUAGCCGCGGCAUGCGCACUGGAGAGGGAACUCUGAUUCUCGUAGCCAUACCUAUUCUUAGAAAAGUUGCCAUGUCCCGGAACACGGGUUCAGAUCCGUCGGGUCAUCAUCUCAGCGGUCGUAACAUUUCAAUAAAUGGGCCGCGCCGGAAAUACCUUAUAUGAAUGGACGAUUCGCCACCCCAGAGGGCAUCUUGAGCACUCUCAUGAUUACAAGUCAUCCUAGAACCACAACCCUUC